GAAGAAAUAAUUUGGGUAAAUUAACACAAAACAGAAGCCUUUCAUCAACAUAAAACACAACACAGCAAACAAGAAUAUGGAUAAAAAGGAGAAGGCAAAAGAAAAAAGAGAGAAGAGACGCCAAGAGAUUUCUCUUCUCCGCACCAUUCCUUAUUCAGAUCACCAGAGAUGGUGGACAUCAGAAACAAUUGCUGUGGUGACGGGUGGGAACAGAGGAAUUGGAUUUGAGAUCGCCCACCAACUUGCAAUGCAUGGUUUGACCGUGGUGCUCACCUCACGAGAGACGGCCGUUGGUGAAGAAGCAGUGAAGGUUCUAAAAGAAGGAGGAUUGAAUGUUGUAUUUCAUCAACUCGACAUUAUAGACCACACUUCUAUCCAGUCAUUUGCUAAUUGGUUAAAGGAAGAAUAUGGUGGUUUAGACAUAUUGAUAAACAACGCAGGAGUAAACUUUAACUUUGGUAAAGAGAAUUCUGUGGAAAAUGCAGAAAUAGUGAUCAAGACAAACUAUUAUGGAACCAAGAAUAUGAUAAAAACAAUGAUUCCAUUGAUGAGGCCAUCAAGUGCCGGCGGACGUAUUGUUAGUGUGACCUCACGAUUAGGAAGGCUUCAUGGAAAACAAAAUAGGAUUGAAAAUGUUGAAUUGAGAGAAAAGCUGGAGGAUGUGGAGUCACUAACAGAGGAGUUCAUCGAUGAGACGGUGGAAAAAUUCCUAGAGCAAACAAAGGACGGGAGUUGGGUUUCUGGGGGGUGGCCACAAACCUUUACAGACUACUCCCUAUCGAAGCUUGCUGUGAACGCAUUCACGAGGUUGAUGGGGCGCAACCUUUCAGAACGGGAAGAGGGUCACAAGGUAUACAUUAAUUGUUAUUGUCCCGGUUGGGUGAAGACCGCUAUGACUGGUUGGGCAGGGAGUAUCUCCCCUGAAGAUGCAGCUGAUACGGCUGUCUGGCUUGCACUCCUCCCCGACCUCAGUGUUACGGGCAAGUUCUUCGCCGAGAGGCGAGAAAGAAAUUUUUAAUACCCAAAACUUAUCUAAUUCAAUCAGUUAUUUCUCUAUGUUAUUAUUGUCUCUUAGCUCCAAUUUUAAACAACUAACCAAUUCCCUAAGCUUUCCCAUAAAACUGGGUUGGAGUGAAAAUUGUGAUCAUCUUUCUCUCACGAAUCCAACACUCAAUCAUAUAUGCAUGAAGGAAGACCAUCGUAGUUGACCAUAAAAUUAGAGCUCGCUCGAUCGUUAUUACUUUUUCAUUGUUUGUAUUUGGUAGCAAUGUUGUUAGUUCGUUCGUAUAUACAGAGUUAAAUUACGUUUGAUCUUCUUGUUUGAUUAAAUACUACUUUCCAUU